UGCAAAUGUGGGUGUCCAAGCUUCUUGUGAGGUGACUGUUACAAGGUGACAGGCUUUCAAUUCAUAAGACACCAAAUCAGGUAUCCGUCUAUUACACACGAUCCAUCCAUUGUAUAUACGUUUAUAUGUAACUGUGUGUCCUGUCGCUGUGGUUAACCAUGAUAUGCGCAUGACAUGUAGCUUUAAAUCUUAGACAGAAAUGUGACCAUAGGGUGACAUGCGGGAAGCAUCUGAGCAGUUUGCAGAACUGAGUACUUCCUGUUACGUUAGAUGAAGUAGUAAUCAGACUGGCCAAAGAGCAACAACUGAUCCAUUCUGAGCUUUCCAUCAGAAAGCACCUACAGUCAGUACUGCGAGACUGUCCUCUGAGAGUGGCUGAAAUGAGCUGAACUUUUAUCACUUUUCGUCCUCACCCGUGCUCUGUUCCACCUGCAGACAGAUUUGGUUUAACGCAGCUAUGACACUCCUCGCCAUGAAGACAUUUCCAGCCUUUUUAUGGGGAAUAUUCAUCGUGGCUGCUUCCACCCCAGAAACCAGUGGUUCUACCUACACUGUUGAGCCCAACAAGACAAACGCCCAGCUGACAACUGCACUUGCAUUUCACAAUAAAACAGAUUCACACCCUGCAGUGUGGGGAACAACUCACAGACCUGCAGCUACUACCGUUUCUGCAGCGGCACAGAGCACAGUGGUAACCACAGUGGAAACUAGCGCGGCAGCUAUCAGUAACAAAACUAAAAGCUCCAGUGACAGUGUAGUCACUUUGAUUCCUACAAGCCCUGCAGCAGCAGUCCCAAGCAGCUCUGCUCCGCAGUUACUUCAUACCUCCACAGCUUUGAUUGAAACUCAACCCACCCACCAAGUGACCAUGAAAGAAACAACAACACAUGCAGAGGACGGGUCCCAUCCACAGUCAACCACAGCGCCAGACACCACUGCUCCUGCAACAUUCUCAUCAACAGCAGCUGUGUCUUCUCCACAGCCCACAUCCAUCACUGAGUCUGCAAUGACAUCAGUGUUAUCAUCCACUUUCUCUUCUGAGAAAUCUACUGCAGCUCCAGGCACUCAGAACCUCAGCAGCCUUUCAGUUGCUACUGCAAGCCCAUUGACGGCAGAGUCGAUCUCAGAGACAACACGUGUGCCACAGGUGUCCACCUCUUUGCCCCCCACAACAGCCAAGACACUGAAAACCAGCCCUGAGAUUUCAUCUGCAACUCAGUCCGUUUCUGCCUCGAGUUCUUCUAUCUCCACACAGUCAAAUGCUACCUCUACGUCAACUGAAUCUCCCAACUCCACCAUUGCAAUAAUCCCGUUCCCCCGUAGGCCCACGGUGUUACCACAUCCAAUAACUAAGCCAGCCCCAGCUACUAAAUUGCCACACGGUGAAAUCUCAAAAUCAACCCCCAGCACCGAGGUUCAACCCUGCUUGACCCAGAACGUGGUGAAGCAAUGCCUCAUUGUCAUCGCCUGCCUGGCUUUGGUGUGCACAAUCUUUAUCUUUACUACCAUUGUCCUCUGCGCCAAACUGUCAUCGAGGAAGCGCAAGCGCAAACCUCAAAAGGAAACGGAAAUGAUGUGCAUUUCUGCUCUGCUGCCCGAGAGGAGCUACAACUAUACGAGACAGCACAAUCCGGUGCCCAAUGGCGUCCUGGUGAUGCCAAGGGCUGAAGACAGCGAUGACGAGGUGGGAGAUAAUCUGACUCUCAGCAGCUUCCUUCCAGAGAAUGAUCGCUACGUGUAGAUGGAUUUUACUAUGCUUUCAUCUGUUUGCUAUCAGUCAGCAUGGAAAUAGCUGCUUUUUUAAUAAACUCCUGCUUCCCCUUUGAUAUUACUGGUUUUGCUUCAGUACCUGCCGUAUUUCAGUGGAGGAAGAGAGAAACCACAAACAGACAAACAUUCACGGUUUCAUGUGCAAGUGCCUGUAACUGCAUGUGGUAUUUGACAAGGUCUGUGCUUUUUGCAUGACUUUAGCCUCCACAGGAUGAAGAGUGAUCAAAGUUUGUUUUUUGUUUUUUUUCAUC